AUGGAGUUUUCAUCAGAUUUAACGGAUUAUUACAAUUCGACAAAUUUCGACGACGGGUACAUUGAAUUGAAUCGUGUCAUUAACGAAAGUUACGUGAACCUAACGAAUUUUUCACUCGACAACACGUACAUAAUAUAUCCGGGUUUAUCUUAUCCAAGCGGUUACACAUUGGCACACAUAAUACUAUCGUCCAUAUUGGUCACGAUCGUCAUGAUAAUUGUCGUCGUCGGAAACAUGCUCGUCAUAAUCGCCAUAGCGACGGAAAAAUCGUUGAAAAACAUACAAAAUUGGUUUAUAGCAUCCCUAGCGGUCGCGGAUUUCUUUUUGGGUUUGAUUAUAAUGCCUUUUAGCUUAGCUAACGAACUCAUGGGCUAUUGGAUAUUCGGUAACAUGUGGUGCGACAUACAUUCGGCCAUGGACGUCUUACUAUCGACGGCAAGCAUAAUGAACCUAUGCCUUAUCUCGUUGGAUCGUUAUUGGUCUAUAACGCAAGCCAUUGAUUAUCUUAAAAAAAGAACGCCGGCAAGAGCCGUGUUCAUGAUAGCCUUCGUUUGGAUAGCAUCCGGUUUGAUAUGCAUACCACCGUUACUGGGUUGGAAAGUCGAAAGGAAAGAAGAAAAGUAUCCCAAAUGUCAGGUGAGGUGGAGGGAGGGGUGA